AUGGCGACCAGCACAGUCAAGACAAGCGUUCUCAUUCUUUCCGACACUCACGGAGAAGAAUUCGAUGUUCCACCGCAGUACGCAGAUGUCGCCAUACACUGCGGUGACCUCACUGAAGAAUCCAAGAUUGCAGAAUUCCGCACCACGCUGGACCUUCUUCGGCGGCUGGACGCGCCGCUCAAAUUGGUCGUCGCGGGCAAUCACGACUUCACUCUGGAUACACCGACUUUCAUGGAAAGGCUGUCGGAGGCCCCCGAGCAUUUGGACGACGACUUGGUCAAACGGGAAUUCGGAGAUUUUGGAGAGGCAAGGAAACUGAUCGACGACGCGAAAGAUGCCGGUAUCGUUUUUCUCGACGAAGGCAACUAUCAGUUCACCCUGGCUAAUGGUUCGAGGUUGAGAGUUUACGCCACACCGGUUACACCAGGCAAAGGAGGAUGGGGAUUCAAAUAUGACCCGGAAAGCGGACACGACUUUGUCAUCUCAGAAGGAACCGAUAUCGUUAUUAGUCACGGGCCUCCUCUGGGAGUGCUGGAUUAUACAGACUCGAGGACCAGAGCAGGAUGUCCUCAUUUGUUCGGAGCAGUCGCUAGAACGCGGCCACGACUGCAUUGUUUCGGUCACAUUCAUGAAGGAUGGGGCGCAAAACUGGUUACAUGGCGAGACCGACUCAACGAUGCACCUUCACAUUUCACCGAUGUUGACAACAAUCGUUCCACUGUCAUUGAUAAGCUGGCCAACAUGAUUCCCAACAAGUUUGACACGGAAGAGAGCGCCGCAGAGAAGAAGGCAAAGGCCAGAUCGCAUGUUCAGCGCGGAUGCGCCACGACGUCACAUUGCUCUGGAGACGCAGAACCUCUUCGGCCAGGAGAACAAACUUUAUUUGUCAACGCUUCCAGUCAAGGGAACCAUCCGCAACUGCCGCAUCAGCCAUUUUGGAUGGUUAAUAUCGAAUUGCCAACAUCAAUCGAUUGA